GUGGCAGCGGUAGUAAGGGACGACCGGAAGUAGUGGUAUUUGUAGCUUGUUUUCCUGAGUGUUAGGUUUGUUGGUGUCGGUGGUUGAGACAACAGGAAAGAUGGGGAAGAGACAGCAUCAGAAGGAUAAGAUGUACAUCACCUGUGCAGAGUACACCAACUUCUACGGAGGAAAGAAAGCGGAUAUUCCGAAGUCAAACUUCAGACGCCUACCAUUUGAUCACUGCAGUUUGUCUUUACAGCCCUUUGAGUAUCCUGUGUGCACCCCGGAUGGAAUUGUGUUUGAUUUGCUAAGCAUUGUUCCAUGGAUAAAGAAAUUUGGCACUAACCCCAGCACAGGAGAGAAACUGGAAGCCAAAGCCCUUAUUAAGCUGAACUUUGCCAAGAAUCAGGAUGGGAAGUAUCACUGCCCAGUGCUAUUCUCUGUAUUUACCAAUAAUUCCCACAUUGUGGCCAUUAGCAAGACAGGAAAUGUCUUCUGCUAUGAGGCUGUAGAACAAUUAAAUAUUAAAGCGAAGAGUUACAAAGACCUACUGACUGAUGAACCUUUCACCCGCCAAGACAUUAUAACUCUACAGGAUCCUUCAAAGCUGGAAAAAUUUAAUGUGUCAGAUUUCUUUCAUGUCAAAAACAACCUGAAAGUCAUAGACCCCGAGGAAGAGAAGGCUCGCCGGGACCCAUCCUACCACCUGAAAAAUGCCAACAUGGAAACAAAGGAGACCCUUAGUGAACUGUACAAGGAAUUCAAAGGAGAUGAAAUGCUGGCGGCCACCAUGAAACGUCCAGAGAAAAAAGCAACCGAUAAAUUGAAUGCGGCGCAUUACUCUACGGGGGCGGUGAGUGCAUCGUUUACCUCCACUGCAAUGACUCCAGAGACCACCCAUGAGGCUGCCGCCAUUGCAGAGGAUACAGUCCGUUAUCAAUAUGUAAAAAAGAAGGGCUAUGUUCGUCUCCACACCAACAAGGGUGACCUCAAUCUGGAGCUUUACUGUGACAAAACCCCAAAGACUUGCGAGAAUUUUGUCAAGCUGUGCAAGAAAAAUUACUAUGAUGGCACUAUCUUCCACCGCUCCAUUAGGAACUUUGUGAUCCAAGGAGGAGACCCUACAGGCACAGGAACAGGUGGUGAAUCCUGCUGGGGAAAGCCUUUUAAAGAUGAGAUUAAGCCAAACUUAAGUCACACAGGUCGUGGAGUUCUUAGCAUGGCAAAUACUGGACCUAACACCAACAAGUCCCAAUUCUUUAUAACGUUCCGCUCCUGUACAUAUCUAGACAAAAAACACACAGUGUUUGGACGAGUUGUUGGAGGAUUCGAUACCAUUACUGCCAUGGAAAACGUGGACACGGACACGAAGACAGACAGGCCAAAGGAGGACAUCCGAAUAGAAAGCACAGUGGUUUUUGUGGACCCAUACGAGGAGGCAGAUGCUCAGGUCGCUUUAGAGAGAGAGAAGGCUCAGAAAGAGAAGGAAGAACAAGAAAUGAAGGAACGGCCGGUGCUGCCUAAAAAAGAGCAAGUAAAAGAGCCCAAAACCUACAGGACAGGGGUCGGAAAGUAUAUCAACAUGACUGCAGCGAAACGUGCUGCUGAGGAGGAUGGCAGUGGAGCCUCUACCAGCAAAAAAGAGAGAGUGACUCGUGGCUUUGGAGAUUUCAGCUCUUGGUAGAAACUUUAGGGCAGCACCGCCAUGAACUGAGGAUCACAUGUUCCCUCUUCUGUGACACAUUUGACAGGCAGGCGCUUCUAUGACGUCCAGAGCUGUAUUUUCUCAGUCUGUAGCUGGGAUUUAUUCACUUGUGUUUUGUUAAGGGACCACUAACCAAGAGCUGUUUAUUUCCUCCCUAUCCAAGAAAACAUUGAUGAGAAGAGAACAUACUGCACGAGCCAUUAAGAAGAAGAACUUGUCAUUGUACCCUUCAACCAAUUUUUUUAUUGGUCCUCUUAAAUGGAUUAUGAAUUUUUAGCCUUUUUUGUCAUUUGCAGUUUAAAGGGUAUGUGUGAGAUAAAAAGGCAGCAGUAAAGGUCAUAAACUAACCCCAAAAAAGUAAGUCGCCCCUUUUUUCCUCUGCUUCUUCCAGCAUAUCGCUCUGGUUCUUCCUACCGGUGAUUUAAACCACAUCUCUGCUGCAGCCAAUAAAUGGCUUCAGCAGUGACAUCCCAUUUAUACUGCUGAGGCCAGUGAGUAGCUGCAGGGUGUCCUGGUGUGUACGGGACAUCUACGCUGCAGCCAGGAAGAUUACGUCAGCGCUGCAGGACCAGAGCGCAAUGCUGGAAUCAGCUUUUUCUGUUAUUUUAUUUAUUUGCUAUAAAAAAAAAUCUCAGACAACCCCCUAGCUGUUUUGUAUUGGUGCAUGGGAGCAGCCAUAUUAUGCUGGGGUGAGGUAGACUAUAUUGUUCCUCGAUGAUAUUGGUUACAGGUAGUCCAUACAAAUGCCUGCCUCAUCCCUCCUUUCUCCAGUGCUGAGAACAGAAUUAUUCUAUAUCCUGUGUAAAUGAUGAUUAUAUAAGAUGCUAAUUGUAUAUAUAGCAUUCCUUUAAAAUAAUUUUGUGGCAGAAUAUUUUAAAGGGAAUCUGUUGCCACAAUUUUGGACUAUUAUCUGCUCUAGUAUGCAAGUAGUUUUGAAGAAGAGUCCAGAUCACCAUUUUAUAUUUUCCUAUUGCCCCCCUGCUCCCCCUUUUAGAGCAGCUCUGAAAUAGAUUGUCAGGACUGCUGUGCACGCGGACAGACUUCUCUCCAUUAUGCUAGCACAGCAGUCCAGACUGUGUUUUAACUGAGGGAGGAUAGGUAACUAAAAAAUGGAGAGCUGGACUCCUUUUGUGCAGUACUGCUCACGUAUUACUGCAGAUUAUAGUCCAGAAUCAUGGUGAGAGAUUCCCUUUAAAGAAUGCACGGUUCUCCUGACUUGUCUUUUUAAGUAAAUACUUGAAUUCCCCUUGUAAUAUUUCUGGAAUAUGUUUUCUCAUAAUCCUGUAUUGUACCAUUCCUCUGUUAUUCCUCAUAAGGUGUAUUGAUAAAUUGACUAUGGGUCCUUGACAUUAGCCUUGUGAAAGGGGUGUUUCUCUAUACAUUCUGACACGGAGCACUGUUUACAGUGUCUGACUGAGACACACAAGUGGUAAAACCUAGUUGUCAGAAUAACAGAGGAAAAGCGCAACACAGAGUUCUAAGGAAAGACGCUCCAGAAUUGUUAUUUCAUGGAUAAUAUAAGUGUCAGGAGACUGACAGAGCCUUGUUUUAGGUUGCUGAAGCCUACUGAAUGUUUCUGAAAACCUGCUUGGAAUCUCCUAUCUAGGUUUUACUCUCCCUUUUCUGUCUUUCAUUUUAUUAGUCUUUAACUUGGUUUCUGUAUAAAAAAAAAUAUAUAAAUAUUUUCUUGAUUAAA